GGGUUAUCCCUGUGGGACUUUUUUUUAAAAAAAAAUAAAAAAAAAGGAGAGAUAAUGAUUAUACCUAAAAGGCCCUAUGUUUUGAGACAAUGGAGUUCAAGGAAAUGUGUCAAGCAAUUUUUGUUCAUUUUAUUUACUAUUUCCUCGUGGAGGUAAAGAACGUUCUUACAUAUCUGUUAGUUCUGCAUCAUGUUACAAUGGCAGCCCUUAAUAAAAGGUUUAUAAUGAAGAGCAUCAGUGAAAUUAAAAAAAAAUUAUUUCAUUUUUAUUUAUGAAAUUUAUUUAUCUAUGUGAGUGUGCCCAUAUGUGCGUGGAUGCCCCAGGAGCUCAGACGAACACAUCAGAUCCCCCUGGAGCAGAAGCUGGGAAUUGAACUCUAAUCCUCUGUCAGAGCAGCAAGUGCUCUUCCCCUGAGCCAGAAAUGCUUUGCCGGCAGCCUGUUUAUGUCAAUGUCGAGAACUUACAAGUUAAAUGAAACACUUCAUAGUAUCAGAAUAUAAAAAAUGGGGGCUGGAGAGAUGGCUCAGUGGUUAAGAGCACUGGCUGCUCUUCCAGAGGACCCAGGUUCAGUUCCAAGAGAGGUAAGCAGACAGUGGUCCGACCCACGGAGACCCAACGAAGUGCUGAGGUAUAAGCCUCCGCCUAGCGAGUGCAACCCAGCUUUGGACGACCCGACCCCAGACUACGUGAAUCUCCUCGGCAUGACCUUUAGCUUGUGCGGCCUCAUGCUGAAGCUGAAAUGGUGUGCUUGGGCGGCUGUCUACUGUUGCUUUAUCAGCUUUGCCAACUCCCGGAGCUCGGAGGACACCAAGCAGACGAUGAGAAGCAUCAUGCUCUCGAUCUCUGCCGUGGUGAUGUCCCAUCUGCAGAAUCCUCAGCCCAUGAAGCCCCCGUGGUGAUGUCACCUGCAGGGCUUGGAUCCUGGACUCCCGCCCACCUUCUGGCCUAGCCUUUGGCUGCUUCCAACCUACCUGUAGCUGCUGUCCUUCAACUUAAUGGAGGGAAGUUGGCCCUUUCUUUGGGCCCUGCUUCUGCUUUGACAAAGGGGUAAACCCACAGACUUCCCUUUUACCUUCCCUUCCCUGGCCACUGUUAUGGGAAACGAACAGGGUUGUCCCCGGCCGGAGAGGACGUAUGUAUUGGGAAAAGAUAGAAAGAACGUAUAUAGCUUAAAAAGAUAAAUGUGUACAGAUGUAUGAUAUGUUGAUUGUGUUGUCUUUUGUGUUCUGGACUGGAGAAAGACAUUUGAUUCUAGGAACUGCUAAGAAAGGUAUUUUGACUUUAAAAUAUGGGCUUAAGCCAGGCGGUGGUGGCGCACGCCUUUAAUCCCAGCACUUGGGAGGCAGAGGCAGGCACAUCUCUGUGAGUUCGAGACCAGCCUGGUCUACAAGAGCUAGUUCCAGGACAGGCUCCAAAACCACAGAGAAACCCUGUCUCGAAACAAACAAACAAACAAACAAAUAAAUAAAUAAAAUAAAAAAUAUAUGGACUUAAGAAUUUGAUGUUUUGGAAAGGAGGUUCUGUUUCUGUCACCACAGACGAUGAGAGCCUAAGGAUUUAUUCAAUAUUCAUGUGGUUUGAAUCCCCGAGACCUCCUGAUAUGUAGCAGUGGAGUGUGAGUGGCAGCUUGAUGGGGAGGUGGAGCCUCUACCUCUUCCCCUUUGCCAUGACCCACUUCCGAGCUCGGCUGGAAAAUGGCAGUAAAUUGCAGUAAAUACCCCUAAGAAUGCAGUGCCCCCACUCAGCAGGAAGUAGCCAGACAGAUUGACAAUGCCCAAAUUCCCUAAAAGAUUGUUUAAGUGGAGCCCCCUUCAGUGGUUGCAGAGCAGCAAGUGCCUGCUUUCCUGAAUUCUGCUCCACCCCAUGCACCAGUUUGGACCCAGAACGAAUGCAGCUGGGGCUAGAAGGCAGCUGGAGCAGAGCUUUGCUAGAUGGCUGUGGUGGAAGGCACAUUGCCUCAGCCCAGUCGGUGCCUAGCCUGGUGGAUGUCACAGCAGUGCCAGGAGUAUCAGCAAAUGCAACAACACGUGCUGGAGCUGAGACAAGCUGGAGAACAGACCCCACUGGGCUGCCCGAGAACGCAGCCGUGGAGCAAGAAAAAGACAGUGGCAGUUCUAGGCUCUACACGCCAAAGAGUCUGUGGCAGAACGAAUUUAAAUCAAGAGACUGCCCUAUUGUAGGAGCAGGUGGAUUUAUGGCUAGUACAACAAAUGUCUUGUUCAUGAUUUCAUUUGUAUGACAUCUGUUAAUAUUGCUAAUGCCUCUUAUGUGGUGAAACAACUCAAUGGUUACUUGAAUAGCCCUUGAAAUGUUACAAUUAGCACACCAGAUUGUAACUGUUUAGCCAAAAGGAUGGUUGAAUACCAUAGCCCAAAUGGGAGGCUGGGUCCAGUGGUAAUUGGGGACCCUAUUGCUGGGAAUCAAUGCCUGUUGCCAUGGGCAUUCAUCUCUAAAUUCUGUGUAAGAUCAGAAAACCCAUGAGAAUGCAGCAUAUGGUCACUUAGCAAGUCCUUCUGACCCUGUUGGCCAGUAAGGUUUGGUUGCAAAUACUGCACCAACAAUGAAGAUUCCUCCGCAGACGGGCAACUUCUACAGAAGAGAGCCCACCUAAGACAGGGAAGGGGCCUCCCAAAGACCGGUAAGGGUUUACUCUUCUGAGAUGACCUAAGAUAGGAGGGUCUUCUGUUUUAUAAAAAAUUUAGGGGAGAGAUGUUGGGACUAAUGAGUCCUGGCCUUCAGUUGUUUUUCCCUCCUAGAACCUUUUAAUAUAAGUUACUAGAAGCUGUGCCUAGUUAGAGGAUCAGAGGAUCACCUGUUGACCAUUAACUGCAGUGUAUUUCAGUCUACAUGGUGUUAAUAAAGAGGGGUUUUCUGAACCAGCGUUGGGAGCUGCGUGUGUCAGUCUAUCUCUGCGUUUGAGUUUUCAACCUCCAGCCCCUUGCCCAAAGCUUGGCAACUGGGUUCUAGCUCACAGAGCGCAGACACGGGGGGCGCGGUGCACGGCAAGGUCCCAGUGACCACAUGGCAGCUCACAACCAUCUGUAUACAACUUCAGUUCCAGGAGGGGUCCAGUGUCUUCUUCUGGCUUCUGCGGGCACCAGGCAUGCAUGUAGUGCACACACACCUACAUGCAGGCAAAACACCCAUAACACACAAAAUGAUAAUUAUAAAAAAAUUUAAAUAUAUGAGCAACAAUACAAGUGUGGAAGAUCAAGUCUCAGAGAGCUGGACAGAAACGAAUUGACAAUGGAAAACAGAACAGGAGAAUAAGAAAACAGGGAUACUGGUUAAAGAUGCUUGACCUGUGACCACGAGUUCCGUAUAAAGACAAGGAGUGGAACUAUCCAAGAAGAGAGGGCGCAGUCUCCGGACUGAGAGAGCUUGCUGCGUCUUAGAAAUUAAGAGGGAAGAAGAUGAAGGUUGAGAAUAAGUCAACUAUAUAAAGAAGCCAGGGAUCCAAAUGGCAUUGAAUCUCAUAAUAGCGAACAUGGAGGCUAAGAUGAAAAUUCAGAGGGAAGGGGAUUUGGAAAGAACACUCUCUCUUUAGCCAAACUGCCAGAGAGAAUGAGAGUAGAAAUUAUCUUCAUGAUGCAAGAGCUCAACAAACUAGCUUCCUGGCAUAGUGCUUUCGCUGAGAACAUUCGGUGCCCACGGACUCCAGUUAGCAGGACAGACGACCUCGCCCAGGGAUCCCAGGCUCUCAUUCCUGCCUGUUAGUGUUUUAUCCAUCUUGGGCUGUGUUCUGCGAACUCUUGUAAUAUUGUUUCCCCUUUUAUC